UCUAAUUGUACUUUAAUUUUUUAUAUUAAUUCUUCCAUCAUCUUUAAUUUUCUCCCAUAUCAACAUCACUCCUUCAUUUGCCACAUUCUUGCUUCUUGAUUCUUCAUGCUUUGUUUAUUUUGACAGUAAGAUAAUUGGCCAACUUUCACUUUUUCUCUUGAGCAGAAUGCACACCAUCUGAUUUUAUUUUGCAUGCCAUGAUUUUUCAAUGGCUUCUAGUACUAAUUUGGAUCUUUAUUGGAUCAAGCUAUGGCCAACAGUUCUAUGAUCCAACCUCAUGUUUUUCUAGUAUCACUUCUCCAGGCACAAGAUACACAUGUAGUAGUUCACCAAAAAAUUCUUGUCAGACAUUUUUGGUUUAUAGAGCCAACCAAGAUUACACAACAAUCUCUGAUGUUUCUUACUUGUUUGGAAUAUUGGACCCUGAUGAACUACUCAACAUGAACAAUGUCACGUCUUCGUCACAGAUUCUUGAAAUUGGUAGAGAAGUGAUUGUUCCAAUUCAAUGUUCUUGUUUUGGUGAAUUCUUUCAAGCAAAUGUUAGUUACAUUGCACUUACAAACACGAAAUUCGACGAUGUUGCUUGUGGUGUUUUUGAAGGUCUAGUUAAGUCUGUCACACUUUAUGAGCAGAACAAGAAAAUCAAAUUUUCUGAUGAAAUUAAAGGUGGAACAGAGUUGCUUGUGCCUUUGAAAUGUGCAUGUCCUGAUAAAUUCUUUGGUCCUGGAUUAAAGUAUCUUGUGACAUACCCUUUUAUUACAGGUGAUAAUACAGGAAAAGUAAGUGAAAAAUUCAGUAUUCCUGUUGAAGAUAUAUGGGGAGCUAAUAAUUUAAGUUUUGAUCCCCCUGUUUUCUCUAACACAACAAUUUUGGUCCCCCUUAGAGGCGAACCGUCAAUAAAUUUCAGCAAUAUUCAUGAUUCUGAACCUCCUAGCCCUGGUUUUCUACCAACACAACCGGUCAAAAAAUCAUCCAAAAAUCCGAAAAUAAAGAAACUCUAUAUUGCAGGAUCAGUUAUUGGUUUUUUUCUUGUUGCUGCAACUUUAGUUGCUUGUGGUUUAUAUGUAAGGGCCUUAAAGAAAUUCAAAGCAGAGCGGACAAUACAUAAGAGGUCUUUUAAUUCAGGUUCAUUAACUCCAAGAAGCUCGCCUCCAAUAUCCGGUCCAACGCCUACUAGAAGCUCAACGAAUUCGUGCUUUUCUCCUGAUUUGCUUGCAGGAAUAAAGUACACUUUAGGGGAGUACAACAUAGAUGAAUUGACAAACGCGACGGGUAAUUUUAGUGAAGAGACUAAGAUAAGUGACAAUGUAUACAAGGGAUGUGUUGAUAACAAUGCUGAAGUACUGAUCAAGAGAAUAAGAUUUGAGGACACUAGACAAGUAAUUGAUGUACAUUCGAGAAUCAAUCAUGUGAAUAUUGUAAAGCUUCAAGGUGUUUGUUAUGGCGAGGAUGAUAUAACAGGAUCUUAUCUUGUAUUUGAAUAUCCAUCCAAUGGGACUUUAAGGGACUGUUUGUCUAAUUCCUCUAUUUCUUCUCUAAAGUGGCAUAAAAGGACUCAAAUUGCUUUUGACAUUGCCACAGGGCUACACUACUUGCACUUUUGCACAAUUCCACCUUAUACACACAUGAACAUCAACAGCAAAAACGUCUUCUUGACCCCGAAUUGGAGGGCAAAAUUGGCCGUUUUUGGAGCUAAAGCAAGCAUUGGAGCAACCAGGGAAGUUGGAAGUAUCGGGAGUCUAGGAGGGUGGAUUGCCCCUGAACAUCUAGUACAUGGUUCGGUGUCUGAAAAAGUGGACAUUUUUGCAUUCGGAGUAGUACUACUCGAGCUCAUAUCGGGGAAAGAAGACGUUGAUGGGAAUUUCUUGAGGGACUCAAUUACUUUUUUGGGAGGGGGAGCUAAUGAGGGAGGAUGUUUUGAACAAUUGAAGAAUUUUAUUGAUCCAUGCCUUAUGGAAGAUUACCCUUUAGCAGAGGCAUUGUGUUUAGCUGUUUUAGCUAAAGCUUGUAUUGAAGAUGAUCCUCUUCAUAGGCCAUCGACGGAUGAUCUAAUUAAAGUCCUUGCAAGAAUGGUAUGAGCUCAUAAACACAUUUUUCCAUCUGGUGUCCCGUACCAGUAUUAAGGGCUGACUAAAUUCGGGUUCGCGACUGGAAACACAUUCCAUUCAUAUUGUACUUGCCAAGGCAAUUUAUGUCACAUUGUAGCUACAUUAUUCACUAGAUCUAUAGAUUCUUGCUUUCAGUUUGUAUUUGUUUUAUCUUUCAAUAUUUGUUGGAUUCUUCAAUUCCUUCUGUUCAGUACUACAGGUCCAAAACUAUUAUUGACAAACUUUUUACACCUUUAGGUUAAGGUAACUUGUGACAACACUUUAAUUACUAACUAAAUAAUCCUAAUAAUUUAACAACAAAGCUAAUCACAAUUUACUUAGUUAUCACGAAAGUCACUGAACUAUUUUAUGUAACAAGAAAGCCACUCAACUUUGUCUAAGUAUCAUAGAAAGUAGCAAGGGGGAAAUAAAUGAGAAUUUUUCUACGAUACUCAGGCAAAUUGAGUGACUUUUUUAUUACACAAAGUUGUUUAGCGAUUUUUCUCAUUUACAAAGUUGAUUGAUUUUUCAUUAUAAAAAAUGGUAUAUUGACUUUGGUACAAUAAAAUGAAAGUUGGCUGAUGAUCCAUGAAAUUACUCAUCAUUAAAUCAUAUUAGUCUAAUUUGUUAAUUAGUGAUAGCGGCAUCUGAUUUUUGUAAUAGUGCAAAUUAUGCUCUGGACAAAUGCAUGGCUCGUAGAAUCUCUAUUGUCCUUUGCCGAAUGUUUGACAUAAUCUUGUCCAAUAAUUAAUUAUUUGAUGCCUUACUAAUUUAUAAUUAAUGAACUUUCCUACAUAUGUUGCUUUUUGUGGGGUUGUAGG